GGGCGGCCAGAGCUCCCUGAUGUAGCUGGGAACAUGAGCUUCUCUAGACUUCUCUUGGAGGGAGUGAGGUGGAGGUGCUCUCCAGCUCCAGUGCGGUCUUCCCUUUUCCAGGCCCUACAUAAUUCCUGCUGUUGGGCAAAAUCUGCACCUCAGAAAAGGAUUCCCAACGCCGCCCUUGGUGAUGACAGGACGAAGGGACCUGCACACGCAGUCGACCUGCUCUUCUCUUCGGAGCAGCAAGCUUCCAUCCUGCACGUGCUGAACACAGCAUCCAACAAAGAACUGGAAGCUUUCAAGUUGCUUCGUGGAAGAAAGUCCAGCAAUAUCGUAGAGUACAGAGAGAAGUGUGGGCCGUUUCAGAAUUUGGAGAGUUUGCUAAAGGUGCCCUUGUUCCAGUAUAAAACCGCCGUUCAAGUGUGUAACGCCAUUCUUUGUCCAGAGACUGGAAAGAAAAAAAGAAAAGUACAGGAAAACCGGCUCUUGGGAAAGCUCAUCAAGCCCGACAUCGGAAGAGAGAGACUGAAGGCAAUUAAUAGUAUCGUAUCUAUUGUUUUUGGUACCCGAAGAAUUGCCUGGGCCCACCUUGAUCGGAACAUGGCACUGCUGGACUGGCAGCAGGACGAAAGCUGCCAAAUGACAAAAGGAACAUACCUGUCAGCGGCCUACUUAGAAGAGAUGUCUUCUGUCAUUUCAAAGAUGCCCACAGCUGACAUCUAUGUUCUGGAAAAAAACGGACUUCCAAUUCAGAAUUCCUCGCUGUUCCCGAUACUGUUACACUUUCAUAUCGUGGAAGCUAUGCUGUACACCUUGUUAAAUAAGACAUUUGCCCAAGAUGGCCAGCACCAGGUGCUGAGCAUGAACCGGAGUGCAGUGGGAAAGCACUUUGAGCUAAUGAUCGGAGACACGAGGACAAGUGGGAAAGAGCUUGUGAAGCUGUUUCUCUCUGAGUCUGUCCUGAAGGCCGAGCCUCGAGUAUCCUUCCCAUUGGAUAAAGUGGUCCAGUACAGACAGAUGUUUUCUUCUACCGAACAGAACAGAGUCGAGGAGCUCUAUGAUUCACUGCUUCAAGCUGUUGCCUUCUAUGAGCUAGCAGUUUUUGAGCCUUAAAAUUCUGAGGUUAAUCUGUAUCACAGUACAUUGAUAUAUAUAUAUAUUUAUUUCUUUUUAAGCUAUAAAACAAAUGGGUUUUGCCACUCACACCAC